AUGGGCCUUUCCCCAAUUGAGCAGCUACCCGUCGAGCUCCUGCAGCACAUAUUCAUUGAAUCAGGCUGCAGCCUUACGCUGCUGCAAACAGCUCCAUAUAUUGCGACGCGACUCUCGUCCGAAUACAUCUACAACUGCACUUGCGACUACUAUCUGACUGAGGUGCAUGGCGAGCAUGGCAAGCAGUCCGCCGCGCAGACCUACAUCUUUGCUUCCAAGUGGAUGACAUGGGACUUCUUCAAGUCAUGGUGUCUGCGGCGGUUCAGUCCUCAAGGUUGCUUGUGUGAUCGCAAACCAGAGGAGGGCUGCUUCGAUGCACAGUGGCCCCCAAACUUCUAUGAUGCGACGACAAUGGUCUUUUCACGAAGCCAUUUGCCGCGUCUUGCUUUUGUCAAAGGCCGGCUACCAAAAAAAUUGCUGCAAGGCCCAUGGUCUCAGGACAAGAUCGAGUUUUUGCGGUUCUUGUUAUGGACUACAAGCAUGAACGUUGAUUGGUGUAACCCCGAGAUGGCCCAAUUAGCUGUCCAAGGCAGGCUCCAGGCGAUCAAGGAACGGAAUUUGGAGGCAGUAGAGCUGUUUAAUAACAAUCGGCGACUAGGCAAACCACCCAGCUUGCAAACAGUCCAUUUUGCUGUCGUAGAAGCUGGUUGCGAUCGCUCCAUCGUGUACGAUACGUUGGAGGGAGCGAAUAUGUGGAAUCGUAGUACUGAUUCCCAUUAUGCUGAAGCAUUGCACAAAUGGUGUGACGAGCAAGUAGCGGCUGGUAGUCGGAAAGGCUUGUGGUUGCGAAAAAAGUUGGAAGAGUCCCUGGUUCUGAGAAAAGGGGACAUCGCAAAUAAAUACGACCCAGGGAAGACGUAUCCGCGAAAGUCAUGUCUGACUACUGAGACUGAGGACUAUGAUGGUGGGCCAGAUGAUCAGCUAGUCGUCAAUGAACUCGAGUGGAAUAAGGUGAUACCACAGCGAGGAUGGCUCAUUGCAAGAGCUACGGGCUACAACUACCAGACUAUCAAUCAUAACCUUAGCUGGCCUGAGAUCACUCGGAAUCCCGGAUAUCGCAUGUAUCGAGGCCCCAACUCACCUCGUCGAUUACAAUGCUGGGUAGAGCACAGCGGAGCGUCACGGAUCAUUGACUUAUGGUUAAGUCCACCUGCUUCGCGCGAAAGCACUCCUGAGCUUCGCCAACGCCGGACCUCGUUUGAGUACACGUCUUGA